AUUUAUAUUAUAACUAUUUUUUUUUCCAAUUUUUUAUUUUUAUUACUAUAAUUAAAUUUUGUAAAAUAUUUCUACAUUUGUCUUGUUUUUUAUAGCUUGUUUGUUUGUUUUCUUUUUUUCAUCAUACUAUUCAUAUUAUUUUGGGAAAUUUUAAUUUGGAUACAGAAAUUUUAAAUUUAAAAUUUUAAUAUUAAUUAAAUUUUUUUAAAAAACCCAACCAAACAAUCACCAAACUCUUAUAUAGAAUCAAAUUUUUACAUCAAUAUCAAAUAAUAAAUAUAUAGACACAUAAAAUGAAUAAUAAUAAUAAAAUUUUUCAAUUUAAAUUGGUAUUAUUGGGCGAAGCAGCUGUAGGAAAAAGUUCUUUAGUAUUAAGAUUUGUUCGUGGUCAUUUUUUAGAUUAUCAAGAAAGUACUAUUGGUGCUGCAUUUUUAGCACAAACAGUUUGUUUAAAUGAUACUACAGUUAAAUUUGAAAUUUGGGAUACAGCUGGUCAAGAACGUUAUCACACUUUAGCCCCGAUGUAUUAUCGUGGUGCUCAAGCUGCUAUCGUUGUAUAUGAUAUUAGAAGCGAAGACUCAUUCGAAAGAGCUAUCAAAUGGGUUAAAGAAUUACAAAGACAAGGUAGUCCAAAUAUUGUUAUAGCUUUAGCUGGUAAUAAGUUGGAUCUUGCUGCUAAGCGUAAAGUUGAAACAGCAGAAGCACAACAAUAUGCCGAAGAAAAUGGUCUUCUUUUUAUGGAAACCUCUGCUAAAACAUCACAAAAUGUUAAUGAACUCUUUGUAGAAAUUGCUAAAAAACUCCCAAAAACACCAACCACUCGUCCAGGUUCAGGUAGAUUACCUAUUCCUCCAAUAGAUAACAAUAAUAAUAAAAAGAAAUGUUGCAAUUAAAUUAAUAUCAAUAAUAUAAAAAAUAAUAAUAAUAACAAAUAAUAACUACUUUUUUGGUAGACCAACUUUAAAUCAAAUACACCUUUUAUAUACUUUUUUUUUUUUUCUCAUCAAACAAUCUCAACUAAAUCACAAAAUCAACAAUUAUAAUAACGACUCUUUUUCCAUACAAAUUAACUUAUUAUAACCAUCAAAACAAAACAACCUUUUUUUUUUUAUAAAAAAAAAAAAUAUAAAAAAUUAGUAAUAAUAAACUAAAUUUUUUUUUUUUUUAUUAUUAUUAUUAUCCAUAAAAAAAUAAAAUAACAAAAAAAAAUUAAAAAUUCUAUUUAUAU